CACCAGGGAGAGCUGCUUGGAAGGAAAACUAGGAACCAAUUUUACGCUCUGCAAGGGCAAUCUGUGAUCCUCGCCACCAGAGGAACCUCAGGAUCCCAAAACUCUUCCUGAAAUUUCCUCUAGCCUUCAGCCAUGGCCGCUGCCGUCGCCAGCCGUGCCUUCCUUGCCGCUCCGGCUGUUGCCGUGAGCAAGGCCCAGACCAAGAGGGCUUUCUUCGGCAACAUUGCCGGUCUGGCACCCGUUGCCCGUCGCUCCGCCCCCGUGGUGAAGUCCCUGGCCGUCAAGGCUGAGACUAACUACCAAGUCAUUGAGCCCCUCAAUGGCGACCCCUUCGUCGGUGGGCUCGAGACCCCCGUCACCUCGGCUCCCCUGGUCGCGUGGUUCCUGUCCAACCUCCCCGGCUACCGCACUGGUGUGAACCCCCUCCUCCGCGGUGUCGAGGUCGGCCUCGCCCACGGCUACCUCCUCGUCGGCCCCUUCGUCUGCACUGGUCCUCUCCGCGGCACUGAGAUCGGCCAAGUCGCCGGUACCAUGGGCGCCGCUGCUCUGGUGACCAUCCUGUCCAUGUGCCUGACCGUGUACGGCAUCGCCUCGUUCAAGGAGGGUGCUGCUUCCACCGCUCCCUCUCUGACUCUGACUGGCCGCUCCAAGGAUGCUGACAAGCUCCAGACUGCUGACGGCUGGGCUUCGUUCGCUGGCGGCUUCUUCUUCGGUGGCCUGUCCGGUGUUGCCUGGGCAUACAUCCUGCUCUACGUCCUUGACCUGCCCUACCCCGUCAAGUAAAUGGAACAGCAACAUGUAUCUAGAAAUGAUAUGAACAUAGUAAAAUUCAUUUUUUAUGCCCUAUGGCCGUCUUUAGCUCAGCAAGUCAAUGCAAAAUGUUCACAUAAUAACCACCAUAGGAAAAUUAGUGCC